AUGCGCGUUUUAUGUGUCGCUGAAAAAAACUCAAUAGCUAAAAGCGUAGCAAGCAUUCUAGGCGGGGGACAAGUGAAACGGAGAGACACGAAAAGCAAAUAUAUUAAAAACUAUGAUUUUACGUUUGACUUUGGAGGGUAUAUUGGAUCGGCGCAAGUUACAAUGACUUCCGUUUCAGGACAUCUGACAGAAGCUUCCUUUCCUUCCGAGUAUAACAGUUGGAGUUCGGUACCGCAGGACAUCCUCUUCGAUGCGCGAAUUAUAACAUCCGUUUCCAAAAAUGCGAAUGUUCUUGCUGACAACAUAAAAAAAGAAGCCAGAAAUGCAACCUAUUUAUAUAUCUGGACUGACUGUGAUCGCGAAGGAGAACAUAUAGGAAUGGAAAUCACAAACGUUGCGAGAACCAGUAACCCGCAAAUCCGCGUCAUUCGGGCCGAUUUUAAUAAUUUAGAAAGAAGGCACAUCAUUCAAGCCUCAAAACGACCAAGAGAACUAUCCAAAGAUGCGGCAGAUGCAGUGUCAGCAAGAAUCGAGCUUGAUUUUCGCUUAGGCGCUAUUUUUACGCGUCUACAGACAUUGCAAUUACAACGUGCUUUUGAAAUUCUUCAAAGCAAAGUUAUUAGCUAUGGACCGUGUCAAUUUCCAACAUUGGGAUUCGUCGUCGAUCGAUGGCAAAGAGUGGAAGAUUUUGUUCCUGAAAACUUUUGGUUCUUAAAAUUGGUUGACAAACGAGAAAGGCAAACUGUAAACUUUACAUGGAAGAGAAAUCGUGUUUAUGAUAGAUUAGCCGCUAUAUUGUUUUUAGAAAAUUGCUUAGACGCAAAGGUUGCUAAAGUCGUGAAAGUCAAUCAGAAGCCCGCUAGACGAUAUAAACCACUCCCGCUAUCGACAGUGGAACUCACAAAGAUGGGACCAAAAUAUCUUCGCCUUUCUUCGAAAAAAACUCUCGAGUUGGCGGAGAGUCUUUAUACAAAUGGAUUUGUCUCUUAUCCACGUACUGAAACUGAUCAAUUUGAUUCUGGCAUGGAUUUACAUGGGAUUAUUGGAAAAUUAACAGUCAGCGAAGACUGGGGGCCUUUUGCUCAAGGUCUUCUAGAUGGCAAUUUCCGGAUUCCUAGGAAAGGAAAACAUAAUGAUCGAGCACAUCCUCCUAUUCAUCCCAUCAACUUUGUUCAUCGUUCUGCAUUACAAAGCCAAGAUCAUUGGAAAGUUUAUGAACUCAUCACCAGAAGGUUCUUAGCAUGCUGUUCUGAAAACGCUAUUGGAGCUGAGACAAUUGUCGAGCUUCAAAUGGGUGAUGAAAGCUUUUCUCAGAAAGGCUUAGUUAUUAUAGAGCGGAAUUACCUAGAUGUUUAUCCCUAUGACAAAUGGACUGGAACCGGACAGCUACCCGCCUACCAAGUCGGAGAAGAAUUUGUGCCUAGUAUGCUCAAUAUUACCGAUAGUGUCACUACAUCACCUUCGUAUUUAACUGAACCAGAACUAAUUGCAUUAAUGGAUGCAAAUGGCAUUGGUACAGAUGCUACCAUGGCUGAUCACAUCGAAAAAGUUCAAGAACGGGAAUAUGUUAUUAAACGGAAAAAACGUGGUGCAGCCACAGAAUUUGUCCCCAGCUCUCUUGGGAUUGCUUUAGCAAAAGGCUAUGAUGAAAUUGGACUUGAAUGGAGUUUGACCAAACCAUUUUUAAGAAAAGAGAUGGAAGUCCAACUAAAGAAUAUCGAAACUGGACAUUUGGAUCGAGAUGCACUGGUACAUAUGACACUAACCCAGUUUCGCGACGUAUUCCAUUUGACCAAGCAAAGGUUUGAUUGUUUAAAAAACAGCUGCCGAUUAUACCUUAUUGAACUUAACGAAAGUUAA